AUGGAUGACAUGAAGGCAAAUUCCAAGUUAGCAGUGCCAGUGAUGCUGCAACAGGUGCUGAAGAGGUGGAAGAAGCUUGCCAUUGCACCCGGAAACAGCAGCAAGAAGUUUCUGCACAAGACACAUGGUGUUCCCAAGGGAUUCCUCGCCGUGCGCGUCGGGGAGGAGAUGAAGAGGUUUGUGAUCCCGACGACUUACUUGCACCACCACGCCUUCCGAGUUCUUCUCGGGGAGGCGGAGGAGGAGUUCGGGUUCCAGCAGGAAGGUGCGCUGAGGAUGCCCUGCGAGGUUGCCGCGUUCGAGAGGACACUGGAGGUGGUGCAGCAGCAGAAGAAGCAACGCUUCUGCUGGGGUUCCCCCUCUGGAUGUUGA